UUCGCAAAGCUGUUGUUAAACUGUUAUUAACGUGCCCAAGCAUACACACAAAUACAUAAAUAUACCCCACACUGGGCGCCAUCUGAGCUUAGAUUUCAAAAGGCCGAGAUGUCCAAGACGAAAAAGAAAUUGAAAAAAACAGCAGCAGCGCCGUGCCGCCUGCUGGUGGCAAAGGCUAGUAUCAAUGACGAUUACCUGCGCACCUGUCAAUUGGAUGGAGUGAACCCAAGUAACGCGAUUGUUUCGUUGCGCUUCCAGGAGAUGUCCUUGCGCCACUCGGAUGUGCAGCUGCUGCAGGGACCGCACGCGUUGAACGAGCGCCUGAUUGCCUUCUAUUUCGCAUAUUUGCAGAGCCGCCGAUACAAAAUGCAGCCCGAGCUAUAUUUCCUGACGCCUGCGCUGACAUACAGCAUGCGGCAUCUGGAGGGGCGCGAGCGUCGGCGCCUGGCACGCAGUUUGGAGCUCGAGAGCAAGAGGUUUGUGUUCAUGCCGCUGGCGCAGGACUCGCACUGGUCGCUGUUGCUGGUAUCCCGACCAGACCGAAAGUUCUAUUAUUUCGAUUCGGAGGACGAUCGCCACCUGGGCUUUGCGCGUCUGCUCGAGGAGCGCCUGCGCCGUACGCUCGUCGCCAAUGAUUACACAUUCACUCGCGGCCGCUGCCUGCAGCAGGGCAAAGAUGAGAGCUACGAGUCCGGCGUCCAUCUCAUGUGCAUGGUGGACAACAUGGCCGACUAUGUCACUCGCUGCGGCUAUGCCACCAGCACGCUGCUCGUCUCCAUACAGGAGGUGCGAGGCAAGCGCGCCUCGCUGCUUCAACUGAUUCGGACACUCGGCGGCAUUUUGCCUAUGUCUAGCUCUAAGUCACCGACCUCGACCUCUGAAUCAUAAGUUAUCUUUAGUUUUUGUUUCCAUCCCAUCAAUUGUGUAUCGCCUAACAAUAAAUGCAGUGGGCGGAGGCCACCUGGUAAUCGGAGCGGCAUGCAGGCAAUCAGACAGCCUCCUCUGCUACGUUUGUUGUAUGUA